ACCGUAUAAUCUUUCUCUUUCUUUCAGUGGACCGGACGCAAGAUGGCGGAGGCUGCAUCUUUGAAGAAAAUCGCGUGCGAAGCAAUCGAUAAACACGCCGCUGAUCUCCGCCAACUAAGCAAACAAAUAUGGGAGAACCCAGAGGAGAAUUUCGAGGAAAAAUUUGCCCACAAAGUAUUGACGGAUUUCCUAGAAGAAAAGGGAUUUGAUGUCACGCGAAGUUGGACUUUAGAGACAGCGUUUGUUGCGCGUAGCGGAAAUGGCGAUGAUGGACCAUGUGUCGGUGUGAUUUGCGAGUACGAUGCGCUUCCCGAAGUGGGACACGCUUGUGGACACAACCUCAUCGCUGAAGCUGGCGCUGCGGCUGGCAUAGGAAUAAAAGCUGCCCUGGCUGCUGCAAACAACAAGCUCGGCAAGCUCCUUGUCAUAGGGACACCUGCGGAGGAAGGGGGAGGGGGCAAAGUCAAAAUGAUUGACAAUGGCUGCUUCAAGGGAGUUGACUUUUGCAUGAUGGUCCAUCCGGCGCCCAUCGACACCACAGUUCCUCUCGUCCUUGCCCGCGAUGCUGUUAUUGCAACCUACAGGGGCCAUGCCGCACAUGCUGCCGCCUUCCCAUGGGAGGGGAUUAAUGCCUUGGAUGCAGUUGUUAUGGCAUAUACUUCUAUCAGUGCCAUGCGGCAGCAGAUGAAGCCAACUUGGCGAGUACACAGUAUUAUUGCUGAGGGUGGGGUCAAGCCAAAUAUUAUCCCCGACAAGACUAAGUUGGAGAUUUACCUGCGUGCACCAGAUGACCAGGACCUCCAGCAACUCAAGGAGAAGGUGAUUGGCUGCUUGGAGGGUGCGGCAAAAGCUACAGGCUGCAGCCUUGAAAUGGAUUGGAACUGUGUCUACUAUUCCAACAUGGACUCCAACCCAACCAUGGCAGCGACUUAUCAGUCCCACGCAGAAAGUUUAGGAGUGGAGUUUCCCUCUUUGGAGGAGCAGAAAAACAAAAUGAUAGGAUCAACAGAUAUGGGCAAUGUGUCACAUGUCCUGCCGUCUAUCCACCCAAUCUACAGCAUCGACAGUAUGGCCGUCAAUCAUUCCUAUGCAUUCACUGCAGCUGCCAAUACUGAUGUUGCGCAUGAGAAGACCCUGGUGGCUGCAAAAUCCAUGGCCAUGACAGCUAUUGAUUUAUUGUGUAACAAGGAGUUAAGGGAACAGGCCAAGAAACAGUUCACUGCCACCCACUCAAAGAUGGAUUGAGAACACAACUAAAAAGAACAUACAACGACUCAUCCUUAGGGACCCAGGGCAUGACAACGACAAGAACGCACUGCUCAUAUAUUAAGGGAAAGGGAAGAAAAGCCUAUCCACUCCCCUAUGAAAAUCUUAGAAUAAAAUGGAUAUGUGAUGAA